CGGUCGGAGGAAUCUGAGGUGCGGUUCUGGGCCGCGUGGGCGCCCCUGGUCGGGCUCGGCGCUCGCAGACCCUGUGGCUCUCGGCCGGGACGCGGGACAGCCCGGCGCGCGGCGGGGGCGCGAGGUGGAGCCGGCGGGGACGGCCAAUGCGAAACUGGCUGGUGCUGUUGUGCCCGUGCGUGCUCGGGGCCGCGCUGCACCUCUGGCUGCGGCUGCGCUCCCCGCCGCCCGCCCGCGCCUCCGGGGCCGGUCCGGCAGAUCAGACGGCCUUAUUUCCUCAGUGGAAAUCUAAUCGUUAUGAUGUGGUAGUCGGUGUGUUGUCAGCUCGCAAUAACCGUGAACUUCGAAAUGUGAUAAGAAACACCUGGCUGAAGCAUUUGCUAGCACACCCAGCGUUAAGUCAGCGUGUGCUUGUGAAGUUCAUAAUAGGUGCUCGUGGCUGUGAAGUGCCUGUGGAGGACAGAGAGGACCCGUACUCCUGCAGACUGCUCAAUAUCACGAGUCCAGUAUUGAAUCAGGAAAUCGAGGCAUUCAGUCUCUCCGAAGAUGCUUCGUCAGGGCUGUCUGAGGACCGAGUUGUCAGCGUGAGCUUCCGUGUCCUCUACCCAAUCGUGAUCACCAGUCUUGGUGUGUUCUACGAUGCCAGUGAUGCAGGUUUCCAGAGAAACGUCACAGUCAAGCUUUAUCAGGCCGAGCAGGAGGAGGCCCUGUUCGUUGCUCGCUUCAGUCCUCCAAGCUGUGGUGUACAGGUGAACAAGCUGUGGUAUAAGCCUGUGGAGCAGUUCAUCUUGCCAGAGGUACAGGGCACCAUGAAGACUGGCGCUGGUGCGGUCCUUCACCGAGUGGGAGCGUGCUGCCCGGGGCAGUCCCAGAGCUUUGAAGGUACAAUUGUGUGGGAGAGCCAAGACCUCCAUGGCCUGGUAUCAAGAAACCUUCACAAAGUGGCAGUAAACGAUGGAGGGGGCGUUCUCAGAGUCAUCACAGCUGGCGAGGGCCUGCUGCCCCAUGAAUUCCUGGAAGGUGUGGAGGGAGUCGCAGGUGGUUUUAUCUACACUAUUCAGGAGGGCGAUGCUCUGUUGCGCAGCCUCCAUUCCCGGCCUCAGAGAAUGGUGACUCAUCUGAGGGGUCUGCGGGAAGAAGAUGCCUUACUGGAGGAGGAGGGCCGCGCCCAUGACGACAUCGUCUUUGUGGAUGUCGUGGACACUUACCGAAAUGUCCCUGCAAAGCUGCUCAGCUUCUAUAGAUGGACCAUGGAGACCACCAGCUUCCGUUUGUUGCUGAAGACAGAUGACGACUGUUACAUAGACUUAGAAGCUGUAUUUAACCGAAUUGCCCAGAAGAAUCUGGAUGGGCCUAAUUUUUGGUGGGGAAAUUUCAGGUUGAACUGGGCAGUGGACCGAACUGGAAAGUGGCAGGAGCUGGAGUACCCUAGCCCAGCGUACCCUGCCUUUGCGUGUGGGUCUGGGUACGUGAUCUCCAGGGACAUCGUUGACUGGCUGGCAAGCAACUCAGGGAGGUUAAAGACCUACCAGGGGGAAGAUGUGAGCAUGGGCAUUUGGAUGGCGGCCAUAGGACCUAGAAGACACCAGGCCAGCCUGUGACAACACUUCUCUCCAGGUCUCUGCAUCUGCUUUUGUCUUCUGGUAUUCUUAUCAGGGAAGGAUGAACCAUACCUGUCGGCCGCUUCAUACUCUUCCAUUCCCCACCUGCAAGUGAUUUAGAAUUCACCUAGAGAGGCCAGGAAAUUGGCCAGCUAAUGGAGUAAUUUGAAAGCAAUUCCCACAGGUGGCUCUUCUUCAGAAAUAAUGUUCCAGCCCCAAGCAUUUAUGGAGUAAGUUUCUUGCAUUAGAAAAUACGUGAGAACUGCACAAAGGUAAAAUAUGGAAUAACGAGGUCAAAACAAGAUGGCAAGUCCAUCAGGGAUGAAAAUGCAUGGAUUCUUAGCUUCACAGCCUGAGAAGCCAGACUGAGGAUAUAAGGGACGCUGCACACAUGGCCAAGUGCCAAGCUUCAGGAAGGACAUCUCUGGUGAACCCGGGUACAUAAAGGGAGCUUCACCUGAGGACUACUUUUCUCUCCCCCCAAAAAUCACUCCCUUCCAGAAACCUCAACUGUGUCUCCAGGCUGCUUCUACUGGGAGUGAGAUGUUGCUGGCUUGCUUACUCCAGACUGCUCUUGGCUGCUGAAAUGGCCCCAGGAAAGCACCUACAGCUCAUUUAGACGACAACAGCCCCAAGAGAUGGAGAAAAGCAGAAACACUGAGAACUUCCUGUGCUACCCCAGAAGAACUUAGUUCCAGCUGUAAGUCCACACAGGAAAGGAUGCCAGGUCAC